CUGUCACCUAGCGAGUUGUUCUCCCUAUGGAGGCAAUCUUUUGGGGAGCUGCGCUCCUUCUGCUGGCUAUCACUUAACGAGUUCUUCUUCCUAUGGAGGCAAUCAUUUGGGGAGCUGCGCUCCUUCUGCUGGUAA